GUUCAACCAGCUGAUCCAUUGUGACUCGUGUGCGCGUGGAGAGAGAGAGAGAGAGAGAGAGAGAGGAGUACAGAUGAUUUCGGGCUCGAGCGAAGCCUUGCUGGAAACCCUAAUGGCGAGGGGUUGGCGUUUCAGGGAUCCCGACGAGAUGAUAUCUUUGAUCCAGAGCAAGAAGCUGUCGUCAUCCCCCUCAUCCUUGCUGGUGGAUUCAAUCGAAUCUGAGCUUCUGAACAUGGAUUUGAGGUUCUUCGGUGGGAAGUCGCUUCCAGAGCCCUCCGGCUGCAAGAAGUCCUUCUAUAUCCAUGGUCCCAAAGUCCUACAGCUAGUUUCCGUAAGGGACAUAUGUCAAAGUGUCAUUGAUUCUUCAUUUAGGAGUUGGCAGCAUCAGCCUCGUCUCCUUAGAUUUGUUCUCACUGAUGGGCAGUCUGAAAUAAUUGGAAUAGAGUAUAGCCCAAUUCUAACCAUCACAGAGGAGAUCAUUCCUGGCUGUAAGGUCCGUCUGGAGAAUAAGAUUGCCAUGCACUAUGGCAUACUAUGUUUGAACGCAGGGGACCUUACUAUAAUGGGAGGAAUUGUUCAAUCUCUUUACGAGGAGUGGCAGAUGAGCCAGAGAUACUCAGGUUUCUCUCGUUCUUUGACGAGGCUGCCCCAAAAUGAUGAUGGGGCCGGACCUCCUCCAUUUGAGAAGUUGCAAACUCAAGCAUGUCCAAGGAAGGUUUCCCAGUUCAGCAGUUCACAUGACCAGUGGGACAUAAUGAAGGCUAUCAAAGGACUAUCAAAGAUCAGCCUACUCAGGAAAGACCAGGCUUUUGAUGAUCCAAAGCUUGUUUCCUCAGCAAUUGAAAAUGAGGAGAAAAGUUCUAAUGCGGAAGCUAGACCCAAAGAAGCAAUUGAAGCUGUUCCGGUACAGAACCAAGCUGCUGCACAAAAGCUCUUGCAGAAAAUGAUUCAGCCAAUGCAUGAAGGAAGAAAGCCCAGGGAUCAUAAAUCCAGAUUCAAGGGAAAGCAGGAGGAGGCGCAGGUCUUCACUCUCGAUGAAUGGGAACGGAAGAAAGCGAGCUCGUCAAAUGCGAUUGGGAUGGUUAACAUUCAAAACAUUAGUGGUGAUGAGGAGCUUGCACGACGGCUUCAGAGCCAAUUAGAUAUGGAGGAUUACCAGCAUAGUCUCUCUUCGAACGGUCGAGUGAUUGCGGGAAACGAAGCAGAUCAAAUACGAAUGAGCAUGUUCAACUUUGGUGGAACUGAAGAGGUGAGGAAUGGUGGAAGAGGUGAUUUCAGAGGAAGGGGGAGGGGAAGGGGAAGGGGAAGGGGGGAAAGAGGGAGAAAAAGAUUUGGCUGACUACACUCAAAACUGUUUCCAAAUAGUUGAGCUCAGUUUCUUUUCUACUUGCCAGUAUGGCUAUGCUAUAUUUCUAACAUAUUUAAGAACUGUAAUUUUGCUCACACUAGAAAUAGAUCGAAGUCUUGCAAUUUUACAUUUGCUGGAAGUAUUUUAUU